GCGGUGCGCCAAGUUGCCAGGACCGGCUGCGGCGGCUGCGUGUGGCUCGGCCUCUGGGGCCAGCUGGUGGCGGCGGCCUAGGGAGGCUCAGCGGCUGGUGGGCAGUUUCUGAGCUGAGUUAGCGGAUACAGCAGUGACCAAGACAGACCUAGUCCCUAACCACAUGGGGCCUGUAUUCUAGUGAUGGAAGAAGAAACAAGAAACAAGUACCCUGAUAAUGAACAAGACUCAGGAAUCUCUGGUGUCAGUAAAUAGUUCCCAUCUCAUUUGGAAUGACUUGCCAAGUGUUUUGAGGGAAGGACCAUCUCAAGGUGCACUGAAGCUAAAGUACUAUGAGCUUUCAGAACUUUUGGAGCAACUAUAAAGUUCUGAUUGUUAUGAUACCCUUAGUUGGAUUCAUACAUUUGGGAUGGCAUAGAAUCAAGAGCAGCCCUGUUUUCCAAAUGCCCAACAAGGACAACGUCUCUGCGCCAGAUAGUCCAGCAUUCGAAUAUCCUAAGAAGAAUCACACCGAAGGGAAAUAGCAGGCUUGGAAUCUUCAG